AUGCCUCGCAAGCCACAGCGUCUACUUGGUGCGCGACAUUUUAAAAAUUAUUCAGAAGGAAAACUUCAACAGGCUGUCGAUGAAAUUAAAAGUAAACCGAUUUCUCUCUGUAGUGCAGCAAAAAAGUAUCAGAUAGCGAAAAACACUUUAAGGAACAAAAUCCAUGGAAAUCAUACUCGUAGACAUGGUAAGCCGAGGGUCUUCUCGGAAGAUGAAGAAGAAUCAUUCGCUGGACAUUUAAUUGCUUUAUCUGCCUUUGGUUUUCCAGUAACAGCUGAAGGCUUAAAAGUUUGUGUUAAGGCUUAUUUGGAUAGGCAGGGAAGAAAAGUUUCAUGUUUUAACAACAACUAUCCAGGUCCUGAUUCGGUAGCUUCAUUUUUAAAGCGCUUAUCAGAACUUAGUCAAAGGUUCUCCCAAAAUAUUUCGCACGCACGAGCAGGUAUAGACGAGGCUGUGAUUAACGAGUACUUUGAUAAUCUCCAAAUUGAGCUGGAAGGGCUCCCUCCAGCAAACAUCUACAAUUACGACGAAACAAAUCUCGUCGAUGAUCCGGGCCGAUCCAAAGUUAUUACGAGGGGACCAAGUACCUUGAGAAGAUUCGCAAUUCUUCGAAAGCAUGUAUAUCUCUUAUGA